UGAGACACAUCUUUCUGUUGCCCAGCAGUGUGCAACUCCUCCUCCUCAGCUGUGGUGUUGAUAGAUACUAAUACCACAAAGGCAAUACCACAUACAGGGUUCUCCCAGGGAUCUUUUUUAACAAAGAGGUGCUACUGAGUACAGCGGGAUGGAGGACAUUUCCUGCACUCUAAAGCAAAGAAAUACUCCAUUCAGGUGUGGUGCCAGGCCUUAAAUUAUUACAAAUAAUGUUUUUUUAAAUGACAGUGGCGCAACCAGUCCACAAGGUGGCGUAGUGCAACUCUUCCAUUCUGUGAGGAGAACCCGGACAUAGAAACAUUAUAUGGACUAGUCAUGGCUUCUGUUCGGUUGUCCAGGUCUCAGAGAUUCUUCAAGAACUUCUCUCUGAUCCUCCUGAGUGGAUCCGUCUCUCUGCUCCUGUGGGCCGCUCUCAGACGCCCGCCGGUCUCUGACAGGAGUCCUCUCCCCGCUCUGGACCUCCUGCCCCUGGACUACGCUGCCGACCUGCCGGCCUGCUCAGCCAUCAUCCAGGGAGACCUGCAGGGUCUGGAGAGGAAGCAGCUCAGCCUCCUGCUGAAGACCAUGAAGAAACAGCAGCUGCUGUCAGAGGCCUUCUACCACAACGUGACUCAGGACUGUCAGAGGUACAUCACAGAAAGAGAGUUCAUCAGUGUUCCUCUCAGUCAGGAGGAGAAGGAGUUCCCCAUCGCCUACUCCAUGGUCAUACACGACAAGAUUGAGAUGUUUGAGCGGCUCCUGCGUGCCCUGUACACUCCUCAGAACGUGUACUGCGUCCACAUCGACCAGAAGUCAUCGGAGGCCUUCAGGACGGCAGUGAGGGCCAUCGUGUCCUGUCUGACUAAUGUGUUUGUGGCCAGUAAGUUAGAGAGUGUGGUAUACGCCUCCUGGUCCAGAGUGCAGGCUGAUCUGAACUGUAUGGAGGAUCUCCUGAAGUCACCUGUCCAGUGGAGGUACCUGAUCAACACCUGUGGAACAGACUUCCCCAUUAAGACCAACGCUGAGAUGGUUCAGGCCCUCAAGCUGCAGAACGGUAGGAACAGCAUGGAGUCAGAGACCACCGACGACUAUAAAUACAGCAGAUGGCAGUUUCACCACAAAAUCACCAGCAACGUGGUGGUCAAGACGAACGUCAGGAAGAGCCCUCCUCCAAUCAGCACCCCUAUGUUUUCUGGCAACGCCUACUUCCUGGUGUCCAGGGCCUUUGUCCGUCACGUGAUGGAGUCUCAGGAGGUCCGGGCGCUGUUGGAGUGGGAGAAGGACACCUACAGUCCUGAUGAACACCUGUGGGCCACCCUGCAGCGCAUGCCCUCUGUGCCAGGAUCUAACCCUCCGCACAUCAAGUACCAUGAAUCAGACAUGAACGCCAUUGCGCGCAUUGUGAAGUGGCGUCCCCUGGAAGGAGAGGUGAGGAACGGAGCCCCAUAUCCACCCUGCUCGGGUGUCUACAGGAGGUCCAUUUGUGUCUACGGGGCUGGAGAUCUCAGGUGGCUCCUACAACAUCACCACCUCAUCGCUAACAAGUUUGACCCUGAGGUGGAUGAUGUGGCUAUCAGGUGCCUGGAGUCGUACCUGCGCUUCAAAGCUACAUACCGUGUUUCACGAAGGACAGUGGAAUCUGAGAGGAUCUUACAAAAACUAUGAAAUGUUAAAAGUUGUAAAUAUGUUAAUGUACAUUUAUUUUAAAUAUGUUUUGAAAUGUUGUAUAUUUCUGAUGGUACUGUUGUACAUACAGUAACAUAGGUUUUAUUUCAAAUAUACCCUGAGUGUACAAAACAUUAGGAACACCUUCCGAAUAUUGAGUUGCACCCCCUUACGCCCCCAGAUCAGCCUCAAUCCU